AUGUAUCGCCAACCUGUACUGAAGAAUAGAAGAACUCUGCUGGAGAGAGCAGAGAAAUUUAUAUCCGACAUUUAUUUCACAGACUGUAAUCUCAGAGGACGACUCUACGGAGACUCGUGUCCGCUGGAGUCCAUCGCCUCGCACCUGUCCGCCGAGCGGAUCCCGUUCGCGGAGGCCGUCGAACAAGACUUCUCACCCUACUCGCCCGGCGACACCUUUGGACCGACAUGGUGGACCUGCUGGUUCAGAGUGACUUUGACGAUCCCCGAGUCCUGGAGGGGGAAGGAGGUUCACCUUCUUUGGGAGAGCGACGGGGAAGCAAUGGUUUGGAGAGACGGGCAACCAGUGCAGGGGCUAACCAAAGAGGGUGAAAAGACCAGUUACAUUCUGACCGAGUGUCUGAAGGAGGAGGAUUCACACAGUGUUACCCUCUAUGUGGAGCUGGCCUGUAAUGGACUGUUUGGAGCUGGUCACGGGUCUAUGAUUGCAGCCCCAGACCCUAACAAGAAGUAUUCGGUGCAGAAGGCUGAGCUGGUGGUAUUUAAUCGUGACACAAGGGAGCUACUGACUGAUUUUGAGAUGCUGGUUGACAUUGUAAAGCAAUUGGGUGAAGGAGAGCAACGAGGCUACCAGGCUCUUUUCACAGUAAAUGAGAUGGUCAACCUCUGUGACCCAGCUGAUCCCAACACCUUCUCCAAAGCACACAGUCUGGCCCACAAGUUCUUCACCCAGCGGAAUGGACAAAGCCAGCACACUGUCCAUGCAAUGGGCCACUGCCACAUAGAUUCAGCCUGGCUGUGGCCUUAUGAUGAGACCAUUCGUAAGUGUGGUCGAAGUUGGGUGACAGUAAUCCGUCUGAUGGAAUCAAAUCCAGAGUUUGUGUUCACUUGCUCUCAGGCUCAGCAGUUCCACUGGGUAAAGAGCUGCUACCCUGGACUCUUUUCCCAAAUUCAGCAUUACGUCAAAAAUGGACGGUUCAUUCCAGUUGGAGGCACAUGGGUGGAAAUGGAUGGGAAUCUGCCUUCGGGUGAGUCCAUGGUCAGGCAGUUUCUGGAAGGCCAGCGUUUUUUUCACCAAGAGUUUGGGAUCUACUGUAAAGAGUUCUGGCUUCCGGAUACUUUUGGGUACUCUGCCCAACUUCCUCAGAUUAUGCAAGGCAGCGGAAUUUCAAAUUUUCUGACGCAGAAGCUUAGCUGGAAUUUGGUCAACGUAUUCCCUCACAGCACAUUUUUUUGGGAAGGUCUGGAUGGUUCCCAUGUGCUAACUCAUUUCCCGCCAGGAAAUUCAUAUGAGAUGAAGGGCAAGGUUGAAGAUUUGGUUAACACGGUGAGGAACAACAAGGACAAAGGCAGAGCCAAUCACAGUGCAGCUUUGUUUGGUUUUGGUGAUGGAGGUGGUGGUCCCACACAGCUGAUGCUAGACAGACUCAAGAGGGUCCAGGACACAGAUGGCCUUCCCAAGGUCCAGAUGUCCAGUCCCGACAAGCUGUUCUCACAGCUGCGUGCGGAGUCAGCCCUGCUGUGCACGUGGACUGGGGAGCUCUUCCUAGAGUUACACAAUGGUACCUAUACCACACAGGCAGAGAUAAAGCGUGGUAACCGUCAAUGUGAGGCGCUCCUCCAUGACAUUGAGGUAGUCAGCAGCUUGGCGCUAUGGCGGGACAAAGCCUUUCGGUACCCCUCGGAUCAGAUACGGGAGCUUUGGAGGCUGCUUCUUCUAAACCAGUUCCACGAUGUCAUUCCUGGUAGCUGUAUAGAGAUGGUUGUGGAGGAUGCACUCGGGUAUUAUAAAGAUAUCCGUAGUAUUGGUGGCCGGCUGCUGCGUGAUGCGCUUAGAGCUCUGGGGUCAAAAGAGCAAGAAGUUGUCUCUGCCGCUGUCUUUAACUCGCUGCCGUGGGAGCGCAAUGAAGUCAUCGAGCUCCAAGAUGGUGCCGGUCAAUCGGGUCUAGCUCUGGUAAGAGUUCCAAGUUGUGGAUUGGCUGCUGUCAAAGUCACGCAACCCGUAGCUCCAGUCUCCGUCACUGUUCAGGCUGAUGGGACUGUCCUCAUGGAGAAUGGUAUUUUGCGAACUAUUGUGAACAAGGAUGGGAGCUUGGCAUCACUGUAUCUGGUCAGUGCGAGCAGAGAAGCCAUUUCAGAUGACUGCUGUGGAAACCAGUUUGUCAUGUUUGAUGACAUCCCUCUGUACUGGGAUGCUUGGGAUGUUAUGGACUACCAUCUUCAGACAAGGAAGCCGGUGUUGGAGGUGGUACAACCUGCUCAGGUGGUGUCCUCAGGUGGCCUCCGGGGCAGCAUCAGCUUCACACUGAGGAUCAGUGACAGAAGCACUAUCACACAAGAGAUUGUUUUAGAUGCCCUUUGCCCUUACAUCAAGUUCAACACACAGGUGAAUUGGGCAGAGUCACACAAGUUCCUCAAGGUCGAAUUCCCAGUGCAAGUACGCAGCCCCAACGCCACCUAUGAGAUCCAGUUUGGCCACGUUCAGAGACCCACACACAGGAACACCUCCUGGGACUGGGCCAAAUUUGAGGUUUGGGGUCACAAAUGGGCAGACUUGUCUGAGCACGGCUUUGGAGUUGCUCUUUUGAACGACUGCAAAUACGGUCACUCAGUUUACAAGAACACAAUGACGUUAUCGCUUCUCAGAGCACCUAAGGCUCCAGAUGCCAAUGCAGAUAUGGGGACUCAUCAUUUCACCUAUGCAAUCAUGCCACACACGGGCUCCUUUCAGGAUGCAUCUGUCAUCCAGCAUGCAUACAACCUUAACUUCCCUUUGAGAUCAACCCAGUGCUGCGCCGACACUAUGCCGUGGAGUGCCUUUUCUGUCGGCUCCCCUGCUGUCAUCCUUGAGACAAUUAAACGGUCUGAGGAAAAAAACGCACUCGUCGUCCGCCUCUAUGAGUCAUAUGGGAGCAGCGUGACCACAACCCUCUACACCACCCUUCCUCUUCGAGAAGCAUGGCACUGUGAUCUACUGGAACGACCAGACUCACUGCGGCCAGCAGCAGUUACCUCAGCUGGGAUUACUCUGAACUUCAGUCCCUUUCAAAUUGUGUCACUCCUCCUUUUCCUGUAACCAGUGUUACAGUUCAUUAAGCCUGCCGUCGAAAGAAAAAUAUAAUGUAUAAAAAAAAAUCAGGAGGGGAAUUAAGUUGAAUACCACACAGGUGAAAAAUGUACAGCUAAAAUCAGUCAUUCCACCAGUCAAGUUCCAAAUCUUUUUUUUUUCCUCCCCCUCGAAUAAACUACCGACAUUAGCUAUUUCUCUACUACUACUACUACUUUCGGCUGCCCCCGUCAAGGGAUGCCACAGUGGAUCAUCUGUUUCCAUCUCUUCCUGUCCUCUGCAUCUUCC